AGAAACGCCAGGUGUGUAUAAUUUGACUGCAAGAGACAGCUAGAAAGUGUCACUUGAAACUAGAGUAAAACUAAUUUACAGUGCUAUAAGAGUCAUUGGCAUGGUGUUUUCUCCACUCCUCGUACUUUUGUCAUUUUUUGCCUUCAACCAAGUUGGCAAAGCGCCGUUAUUAUGGAGUGCUUCAAACCAAACAAACUCUGCAAUCGUGACUCGAGUGCCCCGAAGAGACACCCCAAGUUUACCCCAGCCUUACCUCAAACUGCCGGUGUACGUCGACGCCAAGCUGCCGCCGCAGGAGAAACUCCAUUUGUACCCCGCCAUCGGCACCGGCUCGGAGCCUUUACCUGGGCCCGUCAGGGAGCGCCUUCUUCCCGCGGGGCCCGGCAGGAGGCCGCCGAGGCCAGCGGAGGAUUCAGUCAGGACUUUGUGUAAAAUGGACAAAAUGGUCGUUAAGGUGCCAAAGAGCAUUUUGAACGGCGCUGAAGCGAUUUCUCAUCUUAAACUGGGAACCUGCCGAGCCAAUAAAUCAUCCAAUAAUUAUAUUUAUUUUCUAACUGAACUUGGCCAGUGUGAAACCAAGCGAGAGAUCAUAAAUGGACAGAUGACCUAUUCAAACACAUUACAAUAUAAUUCAGAGAUGCCCCAAGGACCCAUAAGAAGAACAGCGCCCUUCUCCCUGACUGUGGCCUGCAAUUACACCAGGUAUCAGUAUUCCUACAAAAUUGGAUACCUGCCAAAGACGCACAUUCGUCACGUCAUCAAAACUAUGAAGAACAGAGCAAAUUUUAUUCUAACACCUCGUAAUGCUCAGUGGGAAAGACUUUCCCCAUCGGAUCAAUAUGUGCUGGGGGAGCCCAUGUACUUCGAGGCCGAGGGUCCGUCCAUGCCGGACAACAUGAGGCUGUAUGUCCACUCGUGUUACGCCACGCCCGAGAAGCAACACACUUCCUCACCUCAGUUUGCAGUCGUGAAUAAUUUUGGCUGCAUGGCUGAAAGCAAAUACGGUCGCUCCAGAUUCAUCCCGUACAAGAACAACGCCGUCCGCUUCUCCGUGGACGCUUUCUUGUUCAAAGGAAUGACAGACCGACAGCUCUACAUGCAUUGCAGCAUGUCUGCGGAAAGCACCCUUCCCACUCCAACUGCAAAGUCCUGCAACUUCGACACAAAGACUGGAAGAUGGGUGGAGCUCUAUGGCUCACAUUGGGUGUGUGUCUGCUGCAACUCCAACUGUGGCUCUGCUUCCUCCGCCUAUACCACAAUGAGCAGCAGCGGAGGAUGGAAGGUGCAGCCUCAAGUGCAACUCUUCCAAAACUACAAGAGGAAGCGCUUGUUGCCUUCCACCAGAACGAGACCAGCAGUGAAGACGACGACAGACGCCAUUCAGAGCAGCGCGACGCCACACGAUCUCGGACAUCUGAAGUGGCGGUUUGGAGGCGGAGGCGUGGAGUGGGUAGAGCUGGAGGAGGGGGUUGAGGAGGAGGAGAAGAAGAAAGUGAAGGGCACCGCUGUUGUGGAAGAGGAUUUCCCGGAAGCUCAGCACAUCCUGGAAGAGCCAAACGACAAAACCUCCAAAAACUCGAAGAGGAAAAAGCCCACCACCACAGUGCCAACACAACCAUCACAGAAGAUGACCACAGAGAAGACAGCAUGGCUUGACGUGAAGGACAGCGACCGUAUGACGGACAAAAGGGCUCACUCUAUGGAACAAAUACGCCAACGUGCUGAAACCUGUGCACAGAGUGAACCCUCUUCCUGCCUGUGCGAGCUGGCCAAUUUGGCCUCCUCUCAUCCUGGUCGGAGUCUUACAACAAAGAUUGGAAUGUCGAUUCGUUUGUCAAAUCAGCAUCUUUGUUCCUGAUGCAACAGGACGUUUUUUGGUAAGUCAAACACACACACACACACACAUAACAUAACUAACUAAAAUAGCUCUUGGAUGUUUGUGUCGUACUACUAUGUGUGUGUGUGUACUACUAUGUGUGUGUGUGAGAGAGAUGUAGCCAUUUUUCCAGGUGGUGGCCUUUUUUGUUGAUCCCAACUUUCCGGUUUGUACACAAUGAAGGAAAAUUCCCAUGUUGCUUUCAUUUUACUUUCAUCUUUGCAUUUAUGGAUCAUCCAUCUGUAUCCAUACUGUAUGUAUCCAUACAUGCGUGUGUUCAGCUAUCAUCCAUGUAUGUCAUACGUUCAUACAUCCAUCCUCAAUGGGCACGCCACAGUGGAAUUACCGUAUUUUCCCGACUAGAAGUCGCUCCGGAGUAUAAGUCGACAAGGCCAAAAAUGCAUCAUUAGGUAAAAAAAAAAAAAACAUAAGUCGCACUGCAGUAUAAGUCAUAUUUUUUGUAGGUAAUUUAUUUUAGGCGGCACGGCGGUCGAGUGGUUAGCAC